AUGGCUGACGGAGAAAUUGGGCAAGACGGUGACAGAGAUUCAGCACUAGCUGGCCUUUUUGGUCAAGUCACUAUGAAUUCAAACCCACCUACACCUCGGCAGCAGCAGCAACAAUUUGAAAAUCCACUGUCUCUACCACCUCUUCCUGUCAAUCAUAACAACGAUCCUGAUAAAAGCCAAGGAAGUGGUAAUGGAGGAGGUGGUCUUGCUGUUCAGGAUGAUGUGGGAGGGGUUGGCGAUGGUGGGAAUAAUAAUAAUGGUGGGAGAGAAGAGGAUGAGGAUCAUGAUGGUAGAGGACUGAGAGGAGAUGGUGACCAGACAAUUAGGAGAGGACAGGGCAGGGGGGAAGAGGCAGGGGACGGGGUAGGUGGGGGAUGA